UUUAUUAUAUUUUUUCAGUUUUUCCCAUUUUGAAAACGAGGCGAUGAAAAAAACAAACAAAGCAAUAUAAAAGUUUAUAAGAUAAGAGGAUUGGGAGGGAACGGUAACCGCUAAGGUUGAAAGAGAGAAAUACUAUCUUCGGAGCCAACCAGGUGAAAAGAUGGUGGUGAGUAUUCGAUUAGCGAGACUUGGGUGCACUCACAACCCUUUUUAUCGGGUUGUUGUUACUGAUAGCAAAGCUGCAAGAGAUGGCAAGAACAUUGAAGUUUUAGGUUACUACAAUCCUAUUGCAGCUAAAGAUGACGAGAAAAGAGUGAGUAUCAAACUGGAACGUGUGAAGUAUUGGCUUUCUGUUGGUGCUCAACCUUCAGAACCUGUGGAGACUCUUUUAUUUCGAGCAGGUUUACCAGUGAAACGUAAAGGCGGAGCGUUUGAUAACUACCCUGACCAGCCAGCCAAUGCCAAUGACAAAGAAGUUGAUGGUAUAUCUCCAGAAGCUGUAUUGUCUAUCGGCUUACAAGUUAACUGAAGAGAAUAACAGCCAUAUGUUUGGAGAAGGUGGGUUGUGUUGUGAGUGUCAUUCAAUGCAAUGGCAAACACUUUGAUCAAAGUUUGUACUCUGUUAAAUUGAUAUGUCAUCUUGCUGUUGAAACAUCAACUGUUUUUUCUUCUGAAACUUACUUGGAAGAUGUCAGUACAAUAUUUGGAUGUAGCUUAUUUGAUUAUUGCUUUAUUCCUCUACCUGUCAUGUAUGCAUGCCUGACAUUGCUGUUUACUCUUUAAGUUGAUUUUUAUGUUUAUGGACUUAUGAUCACGGGGAUUCAUUUUGAAUA